UCUAUUAAACUUUCGGUCCUUAUCCCCGCCCUUCUUUCGAUGGCCUCCACUCUCUGCAUUCCUCCGCCUGACUUCAUCAACCUAUAUUCUCCCAGGAUGCAUCUCUUCAAGGCGUGCUUCACCAAAACGAAGGCGGAGUCCAGAAACAGCAGAGGGAGCGUCGACAGGGAGGACGGCACACUACAAGCACCGGGUGGAAGCCAACAUAUCUACCAGCCUGUUGGGAAACCAGAACCUGUGGCACCUCCCAAAAAGCCGCCCCGCCCAGGAGCUCCAGCUAACUUAACCAACCUGCCCAGUCUCUGCCCCGUAGAAAGCUACAAUGACGGGGUCAAGGUGCAUAUGAACACACAAAUUCCAGCAAGAACGUGAGGUUUAAAGAUGAUUAAGA